GAGGAAAUAUGUCAUCAAGAUACAAAAGUGAUGGGAAACCGACAUCAGGGAACUUUUAAUCUGAGCGUGACGCGUAAAUACUGUUGCGUGUCCCUCAGACAUCUUUUCUUUAGAGCUUAAGUGGCAGGAAUGUGCUUUAAAGCAGAAUAGAAAUAUCAAAACUAACAUUCUGGGAGAAGGAAAAAUGAUCGAUUGGAUGGUUUGGUGAUGUUCAUCUCAAAAACAUGACGAGCAAAUGUGAGUCGGUAAGCGACACAGUUCGCAUUGCCACUCGUGUGCUUUCAGUAGCUGAAAUGUUCCGAUCCGAGGCAUCUGGGGUGAGUGCUCCGGAAAAAGCCGAGGUUUUACGACGGCUCGCGAACACUCUGGUGUCUUAGCAACCAGUGUGUUUGAAAUCUAAGUUUCCGAUGGGAGCAAAUCCUCAGCUAAAUUGUAGCCACCGCUGUGAGCCAAAAUGCUUAAAACUGAACUACUUUCAGAGCGCCUCGCCAGAGCCAGUCUGGAGAAGCGUCGCAACAUAGAGACUGAAAGAAAGGAAAAGAUUUUUAAUGACAAACUGAGGACGAUUGGGGUUGACAAGGAAGCCCUAGAUGAGCAGGUGAAAGAGAAAAGGGAACAAGUAGAAGCUGCAAAAAAGGAACAAAACGCUUAUGAUGCUGAUAUGCUCCGUUAUGGCAAAGUAGCUUACAUUCUCGACAGCCGCCAAAUGAAGGAGAAGCGUGCACUGGAAAAAGCCGUUGUCGCCUACAGGCAGCAAUACCAGCACCCUGAAGAUCGGCGAGAGUAUGAUUUGAAUGAUCCCAGCUGUAUUAAAAAAGUAGAGCAGAGUGAUGCACAUAUGAUGCCUCCUGGCCUGGUGGGUGAAGACCCAGAAAGUAAGAUCAGGCAGCAGAACCAGAGGGAACAGCUCAGAGAGUGGCUCACCCAGCAGCAGACUGAGCAGGCAGCGGAAAGGCAUCAACAAGAGCUGGAAGAGCAGCGUUAUGACCAACGCAGAGUAGAAAUGGACAACAGAGCUGUGCAACUUCAGAGCCUUGAGAUAGAAAAGAGAAAGGCAGCUGUCAUCGCCACUAAAGACUUCAAUCGGUCUAUGGCUGAAGAAAAGCGGCAUCAAGACAAAGAAAUCAAUGGCAGGCAAAGCCAGUUUCAAGGUACCCCGAGUACGGUGGCCGUGCCCGGCCUGAGUCCCAGCAGUGACAGGAGAACAGCUCCUGAGAGCCUGCAGCAGAUCAUUCAAAUCCAGAAAUAUCAAAUGGAGGAGAAGAGGAGAAAAGAACUGGAGAUGAAACAAGAAGAAGAGUGGCACGAUCGCGUGCGCCUGAACUCAGCUCGUACCACUCUGCUUACUGAGAGGCAGCAGGCACGAACGAACAGGCAGCUGAGGCGAGACCUGGACCGCGCCAACGCCCAACUGGCCGAAACACACAAACAACAGUUAGUAACUUUUGAACAAAAUAGUUUUUAUUAAAUUUAACACAGUGUAC